AUCGACAAGUCUUCUACUUCUAUUUCCAAGCCCAAAAGCAAGGCAUACUAUGCCAUCAAAUCCAAUCCUCAGGAAGACAGAUCUCCAUCUCCAAAAGCCCCUGUUCCACGCCUAACUCUAGCCGUCCGAGAAGAGCUCUGUGCCAUCUGGAAAUCCGAUCCCCGCGUUCCAACGAUUGCUUCGCGACAUGCAUGGGCCGUCUCGCGGAACGUAAGUCCGUCGCGCGUCGAUCAAUGGUUCUGCUCUCGCAAAUCGCAGGCGAAGAAACUGGGACGACCGAUAUCGAACGACUCGUACGAGCUUUCGUUGGAG